AUGUACGCACCUGGAGUAAGCACUGUGUCUCCAAGACAUAGUCCAGCACAAGAGCACAACCCAAGGAAGCGUGGACGGACAGCAUGCACGCGUUGCAAGACUCGGAAGCAGAAGUGCGAUAACGAGUAUCCAACUUGCUCAAACUGCUCAAAGGCUGGAGCUAUUUGCGACAAGUCCAGUGUGCGGGAUGAUACCGAUCGCCAGAAUGAUUACACACGCGUCCUGGAAGAGCGUGUGGCAUUUCUGGAAGGCCGACUCAACCGAUCUGACUCUGAUCGGAAUACUGCAAAUGCCACGCCAUCGCUGUUUACACAAGGCCAUGCCACGCCGACAGCUACCCCCGGGCUAGACAACAACCCCGUUGGGGAAAUCGUGGGCUUGCUGGCCCUAAGCUCCUCGGAAGCACCAGCAUAUGUCGGAUCAAGCUCCGGUCUCUCUCUUGCUGCUGACUUGGGAGAAAUGGUGCAGACGAGUGUGUGGAACCAAUUCAUUCAAAAAAUGCAGCAACAGCAGAACAAAAGCCUCAUCAAUAACUCACGCAACACGAGGGGUCGAACCCACGGGCCAUCCGAGCAGCCGACAGCUCCUGAAAUCCAAGACCGAUCUCGGACAGAAGAACUGUUGCCGGCAAACGUGGAACCACCGACUGAUGAGAUGGGAGCGAGAAUCCUCGACACGUAUUUCACACGACUUCAUUCUCGAUAUCCGUUUCUCAAUCAGAAACAGGUGUGGCAGAUCCACGAAGAUCGCUGGCGACUGGCAAAGACCAAGCGCGAGGACCUGACAAGAUCUGAUCGAUUUGCUAUCUUCAAGCUCAACAUUGUAUAUGCAAUUGGAGCUACGAUGCUGCAGCUCAGUGAGAAAUAUGCUUAUACAGCACCUGAGCGAUUCUAUACCGCAGCAUUACAGCAUGUUCCGACGAUGUGUGAGGCGCGAUCUAUCCACAACAUCGAAGCCAUGGUUCUUCUUGUCGUGUACCAUUUGCGAACUGCCUCCAGCCAUGGGAUGUGGUACAUGAUUGGUCUCGCUAUGCGCACAGCCAUUGACCUGGGUCUUCAUCGCAAGGCAAAUGAGAGCAACAUGGACCCCUUCACGACCCAGAUGCGACGAAGGCUCUUCUGGACUGUAUACUAUUUGGAGCGGGUGGUAUCCAUGUCCCUCGGUCGCCCAUUCAGCCUUUCCGAUCGCCACAUCGACCUUGAUCUACCACUAGAUGUGGACGAUGACAUUGAAGAUCCUGCAUUACUCACCGCACCCCCCGACCCGACCAAAACAACGUCCCUUACAUUCGCAAUUUAUCUCUUCAAACUCCGUCGCAUCGAUUCCCGGAUUCAGCAUAAGAUCUACCGUGCCGACCGGCCUCUAUCGAGUCUUCGACCAAAGAUGGAUCCAUUAUACCUGGAGCUUGAACAAUGGAAAGAAUCCGCGCUCUUGAGAUUCAGCGGACCAGACCUCGACUACCCAAUGCUUCAUUACAACAGAGCCGUCCGGCUACUCAUUCAACCAUUUCUCCCCCUCCUCCCUAUAACAGACCCAUAUUACCAGAUCUGCCUAUUAUCAGCAGGGAACAUCUGCCAGUCACACAAACGUCUCCACCAAACCCUCGAAUACGGACAUUCAUUCUUGGCCGUCCAAACCGUCUUCAUGGCCGGCAUCACCCUACUCUACGCCCUAUGGACCCACACCGAUCAAGUCUGGUCCGUCCGCAUGAGCAACGACAUCCGCGCGUGCUCCACUGUCCUAUUCGUCAUGGGUGAGCGUGCAGCAUGGGUAAAGAAAUAUCGGGAUGCAUUCGAACUACUAGUCAAUGCUGCCAUGGAAAAAUUACAGGGUGACGAGACUGCCCGGAAUGCCGGAAUGGCCGAAUUGAUGACUGCUCAAUAUGGAGUGAAUUGGGGCUCUACUGGAACGUCUACUGGUGAUUCUGCCAAUGUGACAGGCUUGGCGCCUGAUGUGAGCGUUCCUCAGACGCAGGCACCCGAUGAGACGGAGAAUGCAGUGCGGAUGGCGUUGCAGUUGGCACCGUGGAUCGAUCAGAAUGAGAAUGAUCCUCUUUGGAUGCCGGACUUCGAUACACUGGAGAGCUCAUCAGGGAAUUUCUGGAGUCAUCCUGACACAAGACUGUUUGAUGCUCUUUGA